AUGGACGAGCUCUGCAACAUUUGCUUCGAGCCGAGCCACGUGGCGGCCGCGGUCUGGCGCUGCGAUGCGUGCCCGGCCAUCGCGUGCCUCCGCUGCAUGCGUCACUACGUGCGCCACAAGGUCAAUGGCGGCCAAGUGACAUCCGGCCAGCUCGUGUGUCCGGGUCCGUGCCGCUCACCGCUCGCCAACGUCGAGCUCUUUAUGCAGCCGAGCUUGUUUGUCAAGUACACGCGGUUUCUCAAUACGCAGCUCGAGAUCCAGCAAGGCACGCGCUACUGCCCACGCCCCGAGUGCGGUGCGCCGUUGAACAUGGACAAGUCGUCGUCGUCCAAGCGCCGCGUCUACUGUGCAACCUGCGACACGGAGAGCUGCUUUGAGUGUGGCGAUCGCUUCCACGCAUGGCCGGUCUGCAAGGACAGACGCUUCCGCAAGUAUUGCGACCGGCAUGCCGUGCAGACGUGCGCGCGCUGUCAAUGGCCGAUCGAGAAGCACGGCGGCUGCAACCACAUGACGUGCCUGCGGUGCGGCCACGAGUUUUGCUGGCUCUGCCUCGCCGAGUGGAGCGAGCACUCGAAGGUGCACUGCCUCCCGCUCGCGAUGCUACACUCGAAGCACUUGUUGUACGGCCCACGGCGCCGAUUCGGUUUGUCACCAAGUCGGUGCUGGCGACCGUCGCGACCGGGUCGGCGCUGUGUCCUCGCGUGCGCAGCCGUGUUUGUCGUACCGCCGAUCGCCCUCACCAAGCACCUCAAGAAGAAGACCAAGCUAAAACAGCAGCGCCGCGCGAGCCAUGCCACGGCCGCGGCUUAA